AUGCCCCCCACCCGGCCACGCCCACCCCCCUUCCUGCUGCUGCUGCUUCUGCUGACCACCCAGCCGCAGGCCCCAUGCGCGCAGGUGAUGGACUUUCUGUUCGAGAGGUGGAAGCUCUACGGGGACCAGUGUCUGCACAACCUGAGCCUGCUGCCGCCCCCCACGGAGCUGGUCUGCAACCGGACCUUUGACAAGUACUCCUGCUGGCCCGACACGCCGCCCAACACCACGGCCAACAUCUCCUGCCCCUGGUACCUGCCCUGGUACCACAAAGUCCAGCACCGGUUUGUCUACAAGAGGUGUGGGCCGGACGGGCAGUGGGUGCGGGGGCCGCGGGGGCAGCCUUGGAGAAACGCGUCCCAGUGCCAGAUGGACGAGGAGGAGCUGAAGGUGCAGAAGGGCGUGGCCAGGCUGUACCGCGGCUUCCAGGUGAUGUACACGGUGGGGUACUGCCUCUCGCUGGGGGCGCUGCUGCUGGCACUGGCCGUCCUGCUGGGCCUCAGGAGGCUGCGCUGCACCCGCAACUACGUCCACGCGAACCUGUUUGCCUCCUUCGUGCUCAAGGCCGGCUCCGUGCUGGCCAUCGACACGCUGCUCCAGACCCGCUACGGCCAGCAGAUCGGGGACGACCUCAGCGUGCGGGGCUGGCUGAGCGACGGGGCGGUGGCGGGCUGCCGGGUGGCCGCCGUGUUCAUGCAGUACGGCGUGGUGGCCAACGCCUGCUGGCUGCUGGUGGAGGGCGUGUACCUGCUCAGCCUGCUGGGCCUGUCCACCGGCCCCGAGAGGAGCUACUUUGCCCUGUACCUGGCCAUCGGCUGGGGCGCCCCCAUGCUGUUCGUCAUCCCCUGGGCGGUGGUGAAGUGUCUGUUCGAGAACAUCCAGUGCUGGACCAGCAACGACAACAUGGGCUUCUGGUGGAUCCUGCGCUUCCCCGUCUUCCUGACCCUUGUGAUCAACUUCUUCAUCUUCGUCCGGAUCCUCCACAUCCUUGUGGCCAAGCUGCGGGCCCAUCAGAUGCGCCAGACGGAUUACAAGUUCCGGCUGGCCAAGUCCACACUGACCCUUAUCCCCCUGCUGGGCGUCCACGAGGUGGUGUUCGCCUUCGUGACGGACGAGCACGCCCAGGGCACCCUGCGCUUUGCCAAGCUCUUCUUUGACCUCUUCCUCAGCUCCUUCCAGGGCUUGCUGGUGGCUGUUCUCUACUGUUUCCUCAACAAGGAGGUGCAGGCGGAGCUGCUGCGGAGCUGGCGCCGCUGGCGUGCGGGCGAGGCGCUGUGGGAGGAGCGCCCGGGCAGCAGCCGCCCAGCCCCCGCCCGGCCCUCCAGCGGGGCCCCCACCGAGAAGCUGCUGCUGACCCGGGGCCCUGACAGCAACGGGGCCCCCCACGACCCCGCCGGGGAGCCCCCCGAGGCUGCCCGCCUCCCGGGGUGGGCCCAGAGCGCCCUGUGA